AUGGUGAAUUGGGGCCAAACCAACGGCAGCAAAUAUAACCUGCGGUACCGGGAGAUGGUGUACAUUGACGGCUCAUGGACAGGCAAACCAAAACAAGCUGAAGCAGUUUUCAUCAGUAUACACUUCAAUUUGGAGCCAAAAAGUCACUUUGAACCCAAACCCAUGUUUUGGUUCCAAUGUGCUCCUUUUCAAAGGUCUCAGCAUCCCCAUGCUACCUCCUGCCGGCACUUCCACCUGGGUCCCCAGCCUCAGCUCUCCGCCGACUUCACCCUGCCUCACGCAGUGCAGCCCCAGCCGGGGCUGACCCCCCACAUGGCCCCCGCGCACCAGCACAGCGGCCCCCUGCACCAGCCCCUGGCGCCGGUGCCAGCCCUGCCCUUCCAGGACGUGGCCGGACCCUCCUUCCUACCUCAGGCGCUUCACCAGCAAUACCUCCUCCAGCAGCAGCUCCUCGAGGCACAGCACCGCCGGCUCAUGCCCCAUCCCAGGCGGGCUCAAGAGCGCAUGUCCGUUCAGCCUCACCGGCUACACCCCAGCUUUGACUUCAGCCACCAACUGCAAACUCCACAACCCAUGGGGCCCCAGCCCAGGUAUUUAGCUGAAGGCACGGACUGGGACCUCAGUGUCGAUGCGGGACUGACUCACGCCCAGUUCCAGGUCCGCCCAGUCCCUCAGCCCUAUCAGCACUACUUAGCUACACCUCGGAUGCACCAUUUCCCCAGAAGCACAUCCUCGACGCAAAUGGUUGUUCACGAAAUCAGAAAUUACCCUUAUCCUCAGCUUCAGUUACUUGCUCUUCAGGGACUGAACCCAAGCAGGCACACGUCCGCUGUGCGGGAGAGCUAUGAAGAGCUGCUGCAGCUAGAGGACAGGCUGGGCAGCGUGAGCCGGGGCGCCGUCCAGAACACGAUCGAGAGGUUCACCUUCCCCCACAAGUACAAGAAGAGAAGACCGCAGGAGGGCAAAGCUGAGCAAGAGGAUGGAGAGGAGUCAGACACCGACGAGAAAUGCACAAUCUGUCUGUCCAUGCUUGAAGACGGAGAAGACGUCAGGCGGUUGCCCUGUAUGCAUCUCUUCCACCAAGUGUGCGUGGACCAGUGGCUGGCCACCAGCAAGAAGUGCCCGAUCUGCAGGGUGGACAUUGAAACACAGCUUGGCUCGGACAGCUGAAAGGACUGGCUGGACACACCAUUUUCCUUACCAGGUCAUAUGGCCAUAAAUCCUUGCAGCAAAAUUUUUGCCUUCUGAGCCAUUUGAUUGAGAGGAAAAGUCUGCAGGCACGUUAGUGAGGAGGAGGAGGUGGAGGUGGCGGUACAAUAUCUAGCAGUAGGAGAUAUUGCACAUACGCAGGAUACGGGCCCGGUGAAAGGGAGCUGGCAUUCCCGGAGCUCAGAGACCCCGUGCUGCAGAAGAUUUAGUGUUGAACAUGAAGGAACUAGUUGUGGUAGUCUGGCCUGUCAAUCCUGCAUUUCAUGAGGAUUGUAUAUAUACCUCUCGAAUACGUAGAAACAUGUUAGGGGUCCUUUAGCUAUUUCUAUGGAUGGCAGCUGGAGCAUGUUAGCUUAAGAAAUGUUGUGUUUGAUGCCCUACUCAUCUUGUGGUGGACAUGUUGCUGUUACCUAAUUUGCACCAAAUAUUUUUUCAUAGAUUCCUUAUUUUGGUGCCUGAUUAAUACAUUGCAGAGGUGGAAUAAAGAGGUCAAGCUUUCCCACCCUUGGGGGGGAAGAGGCGAAAAAGCAAAAUCCUGUUUACAGUCAGAAGGGUUGCGCUCUUUGCCUCAGCCGCGUGUGCUUCCUUUCCUUGCGUUUACAGUGUGUUGCAAAUUUAGAGAAG